AUGUUCUACCAUGCCCACAAUGUCCCGGUUAACUAUGGGUUGCUCGGCUUAUGGACUGUAAUGCAGGCCUUAACAGUAUCUGCUAUAGGUAUGAUGAUAUGUUUUAGAUGAUAUACUUUAUUUACAGUGACCUUUUAUGCAGCGGAAGUUGUUUUACAAGCAAUGGUGGUAACUGCAGCCGUUGUGUUUUCAUUGUUCUGUUACACCUUGCAGACAAAGCACGACUUCAGAAAGGGAUACGCUCUUAUGGCCACAGUAUCCAUGGUAUUUCUGGUGGGAUGCAUGCUGCAGGUGAGGUUUUAUGUAACAAUAAUUGUUAAUACUUCAGAUUUUACUAAUGUCAACGUCUUUUAACUUCUUCAUGAGCAUCUUUGGAGCCAUCCUCUUCUCGGUCUAUCUGGUUUUCGACAUCGACGCAGUAAUGCAUCAUCACUCUGAAGAGGAUUACAUUCUGGCGUGUAUCAGUAUCUACAUGGAUGUAAUCAAUCUCUUCAUUAACAUUCUUCAAAUAAUCAACGAAGCCAACAGAAGUUAA